AGACAAAAGAAAACAGAACAAAAAACGAAAGGGAAGGGAAGCUCUGUUGGAAGUAGGUGGGUAGUAGCCAAGAAUCGUGCGCAAAAAAUGGCGAGUGCUCCAGAGAUCGUGGCGAAACUGAAUCUGAUUCCUCAUCCAGAAGGCGGAUUCUACGCCGAAACUUUCAGAGACUCUUCUGUUUCUCUCUCUACGUCUCAGCUCCCUCCCCAAUACAAGGUUGACCGAGCUGUGAGCUCAUGCAUUUACUUCUUGUUGCCAUCUGGGUAUGUUUCACGCCUUCAUCGCAUUCCCUGUGCAGAAACCUGGCAUUUUUACUUGGGAGAACCUAUUACGGUAGUGGAGUUGAAUGAAGAAGAUGGUAAGGUCAAACUGACCUGCCUUGGACCCGAUUUGGUUGGAGAUAAUCAGCAACCACAGUACACAGUCCCUCCAAAUGUAUGGUUUGGUGCAUUUCCAACCAAUGACCUAAGAAUUUUUGCUGAUGGGACACUGCUGAAAGCUGCUCCACGGGAUGGCGAGAGGCACUACUCUCUCGUGGGAUGCACCUGCGCACCGGCCUUUCAGUUUGAGGACUUUGAGCUUGCAAAGCGCUCUGAUCUUGUUUCGCGGUUUCCCAAUAGUGAGGCUCUUAUAUCUAUGCUUACCUUCCCUGAUUGAGCAGAACUUGUCUUUAUGAAAUCACAAGUUAAAAAUGAUGUCUAAUGUUGGGUCUUGCUAUGUUUCUUCACAUUUUCCCGUAUUUUUUCCAUUAUGAUACCAGUUUGUGAUGACUA